GAGCAGCAGCUCUCAGCUGCAUGUUUACUUGCUUUGUCAGCUCUCCGCGCGGCACACAUCUCUGCCCCUCACCUGCUGCUGAUCAAAUCCUUGGACUUUUAUCUCUCCCAGUCACUUAUCAAACCUUAUCAGCAGUUUUCUCUCUCGCAACAUUUAGUGGCCGGCCUCUUGCGGACCUUGAGCGGGGGCACGUCGGGUUCACCAGCGUUUUUUUUUGCUAGCUAACGGAAAGAUGACGUUAAAAUCCAAUAAAAACGAACCUGCAGUCAAACUGGAGUCGGUGAGCAGCGUGCGGACAGCCCUCUCCGACCUCUACCUGGAGCAGCUCCUCCUAAACAAACCAAAGUCUGACAAGGCUGCUAUGCAAACCUACGAGAAUAAAGGGGCUGAGGUGUACAGCAACGGCAGCGCUGCACACAUGAACGGCACAGAGCUGACCAGGAUGAAAGAAGUAGAAUUUGAAAAGAAUCCGUCAGAACCGAUGGGGGUCACUCUGAAGCUCAACGACAAACAAAGGUGCACUGUGGCCAGAAUAUUGCACGGGGGCAUGAUCCACAGACAGGGGUCCUUGCAUGAAGGGGAUGAAAUAGCAGAAAUCAAUGGGCAGAGUGUGAUGAACCACACUGUAGAUCAGCUACAAAAGAUCCUGAAAGAGACAAACGGGGUCGUCACAAUGAAGAUCAUUCCCAACCUGCAGAGUCGAUCCCGAGCCUGUGAGAUGUACAUGAGGGCCCAGUUUGACUAUGACCCUGCCAAGGAUGACCUCAUCCCCUGCAAAGAAGCAGGGCUGAAGUUUCAAACUGGCGACAUCAUUCAGAUCAUCAACAAGCAGGAUCCCAACUGGUGGCAGGGCAGAGUGGAGAGCGGCGUUGCUGACUUCGCUGGACUGAUCCCCUCUCCAGAGCUCCAAGAAUGGAGGGCGGCAAGUAAAAGCAAAGCCAGAGAGGGCAGUCAGUCCUGCAGCCCAUUUGGAAAGAAAAAGAAGUGCAAAGACAAGUACAAGUACCUGGCUAAACACAGCUCCAUUUUUGACCAGCUGGAUGUGAUUUCUUAUGAAGAGGUUGUUCGGCUGCCGGCUUUUACAAGGAAAACACUGGUGCUUAUAGGUGCACCUGGAGUAGGAAGGAGCCAUAUCAAAAAUGCACUAUUGACCAAAUACCCUGAGAAGUUUUCCUACCCUGCACCACACACCACCAGGCCCCAGCGCAAGGAGGAGGAGAAUGGAAAGGAAUAUUUCUUCAUCUCCAAUGACGCCAUGACCAAGUGCAUCUCUGGAAAUGAGCUGCUGGAGUACGGCAGCUUCCAGGGUAACAUGUUCGGUACCAAAAUCGAGACCAUCCAGAAGAUCCACGAGCAGGGCAAAAUCGCUCUGCUGGAUGUAGAACCACAGACCUUGAAACUCCUGCGGACGGCUGACUUUGCACCUCUCGUGGUGUUCAUCGCUCCGACGAACACGGCUGCCCAGACAGAAAACUUGCAGAUGAUUCAGAAAGAGUCGGACGCCAUUUUCACCACAUAUAGACACUUCUUUGACGUGGUCCUUGUCAACAACGACGUGGAUGAAAGCGUGAAAGGUGUGGAGGAGGCCAUGGAGCGCGCCACCUCCACCCCACAGUGGGUGCCUGUAUCAUGGGUGUACUGAAUGACGUCCGGCCCCCAGUGUCAUACCUUUCUGUUUGUUAAAAAGCAGUGCAAUAUCACUCCUUAAAUGAAAUGACUUGUCCCACGUGUGUAUGGGUUUACUUUUUGGUUAUUGUUAAUCGUCACUGAAAUAUUUUGCACAAAUGCAUCCAAAAAAAAGAAAAAAAAAGCAAUAUGUAGAAAGGUUUAUUUUAGAUGGUGGAGAACCUCACCAGGGGUGUGUUUUUGGGUGUUUAGACAUUUGUGCUUCAGGCGCUCUCGAGGGGUUAAAGGGGUCGUUUGUGUGCCGCACACCUUUUUGUGAAUGUUGAGCAAAAUGCAAAAUAGGACCACAACUGUGACUGAAAUCCUCCCUUUGAAAUGACAGGAUUUUAUCAUGUAAAGCAUUAUCUCUGGAGUCAUUAUGUGUGUGUGCUUUUUUUUGUUGUCCUCAUUAGAUUGUGCCAUGAAAUUGAGAUUCUUAAACCGUUUGCUCUGACUGUCUGUGUAACUCCGUACAACGUCUUCUACCCCAAAUCUUUAAGUCAGUCGUUGACAACCUCACCUGUGUCAUCUCAUCAAAAUUGUAUACCUCAUGGGGUACUGUAAAGGCACUUUUCAACAAAAAUAAAUUUCCCAGCUCUGUUGCAACGUC